AUGGCCAUGGGAACGGGGAAACUCCGCGCUGCGACGAAUCGAGUCAGGACGUCGGCGGCGAAUAACACGAGCGAGAUCUGGACUGAACUCAUCGGCGUCCAGCAGAACAAGGAUGCCGGGUCCAACACCGCCAUCGAGGCCUCCAUCAAGGCCCCAGGGCGAAUCGGCGGCGCGGGCGUCGGCACCGGCUUCCACCGCCGACGCAAGGGCACCGCGGGGGACGAGGCGGUCAUCCACCCCACCGAGGCGCUCGUCGCGUUGGCGAGGCUCAACGCGGCGAAGGCGAGAUCGGAUGGGAAUCCCGAGGGGUCGCGAGGGUUCUGCGCCAAGUGCGGCGGUAGCGGGCACCUCUCCACGCAGUGCACGAACCAGUACUCGCUGCUGAAGGACGACGACGACGAGGGCGGUGUCGAAGGCGGAUUGAGCUCAUCGUCCUCUUCGUCGGAUUCGGGGCGAAAGAAGAGGAAAAAGAGCAAGAAGAGCAAGAAGAGCCGAUCUAAGGGCAAGAAGAAGCGGAAGAAGAGCGACUACUCAUCGUCGUCGGAGGACAGACGGCGGAAACGGCGGCGGAGCAAGAAGAAAAAGUCGAAGAAGCGCUCGAGGUCGUCCUCCAGUAGCGACUCAUCAUCGGACUCCUCCUCGGACUCCGAUUAG